AUGGAGGCUGUGAGCUGGGAAAGCCACGGACCAGGGGCGGCGGCGCCCAAGGCGAGGGUGCACUUCCGAGUGACGAGGUUCAUCAUGGAGGCAGGUGCCAAGCUUGGACUGCACUCCAUUCCUGUUGCCACAGCGUGUACCAUUUACCACAAAUUUUUUGGCGAGGCUGACCUGGACGCCUAUGACCCCUACCUCAUCGCCAUGUCUGCCAUUUAUUUGGCUGGCAAGGUGGAGGAGCAGCACCUGCGCACACGGGACAUCAUCAAUGUGUCCAACAGGUACUUCAACCCAAGUGGCGAUCCGCUAGAGCUAGACGCCCGCUUCUGGGAGCUCCGGGACAGCAUCGUCCAAUGUGAGCUCCUUGUGCUCCGGGUUUUGCGUUUCCAGGUCUCCUUCCAGCAUCCACACAAGUAUCUGCUCCACUACCUGAUCUCCAUCAAGAACUGGAUGAACCGUUACAGCUGGCAGCGGACACCCAUCUCUGUGACCGCCUGGGCCCUGCUGCGGGACAGUUACCAUGGGGCUCUGUGCCUCCGCUUCCAGGCACAGCACAUAGCUGUGGCGGUGCUUCACCUGGCCCUGCAGGUGUAUGGCAUCGAGGUGCCCGCCGAGGCCGAGGCUGAGAAGCCGUGGUGGCAGAUUUAUACCAUGGACACAGAGAUCCCCUAA